AUGUCAGAAGAACAAGACCCUUUAUUGGCGGCCAUGGAAGAAGAAAGUGGCCAAACUAAUGCUGGCGAGAAUACCAAUGGUGCUCAAGCAACUGGCGGUGAAUCGACGGGAGCUGAAGCUCCAGCUCCUGAACCUGUAGAUCCAGAACAGGCGGCCAAGGAAAAGGCAAUGCAGCAUUUCAAGAAGAGACUUAUGGAGCACAGACGUUACGACGAUAUGUUGAAACAACGUAGGGAAACGAUACGAGUGUUGGAAGCGGAGUAUGAGAGAACAGAACAAGAUAUCAAGGCACUUCAAUCGAUUGGUCAAUUAAUUGGUGAAGUGAUGAAAGAGCUUUCGGAGGAAAAGUAUAUUGUUAAGGCGUCAUCAGGUCCUCGCUACAUAGUGGGUGUUAGGAACUCGGUAGAUCGCUCUAAAUUAAAAAAGGGUGUAAGAGUAACUCUCGAUAUCACAACGCUAACGAUUAUGAGAAUUUUGCCUAGAGAGACAGACCCAUUGGUGUACAAUAUGACUACUUUCGAGCAAGGAGAAAUUUCAUUUGAUGGUAUCGGUGGUCUAACGGAGCAAAUUAGAGAAUUGAGAGAAGUUAUUGAAUUACCGCUUAAGAACCCAGAAAUCUUCGAAAGAGUCGGGAUCAAGCCACCAAAAGGUGUGCUACUUUAUGGUCCUCCUGGUACUGGUAAAACUUUAUUGGCUAAAGCUGUGGCUGCCACAAUUGGUGCCAAUUUCAUUUUUUCUCCAGCAUCAGGUAUCGUGGACAAAUAUAUCGGUGAAUCUGCCCGUAUUAUCAGAGAAAUGUUUGCUUAUGCAAAGGAGCAUGAACCAUGUAUCAUUUUUAUGGAUGAAAUUGAUGCUAUCGGUGGUCGGAGAUUUAGUGAGGGUACUUCCGCAGAUCGUGAAAUUCAACGUACAUUAAUGGAAUUGUUAACUCAAAUGGAUGGUUUCGACAAUUUAGGACAGACAAAAGUCAUCAUGGCUACCAAUAGACCAGACACACUAGACCCUGCAUUGCUAAGACCCGGUAGAUUGGAUAGAAAGAUCGAAAUUAGUUUACCAAAUGAAGCUGGUAGAUUAGAAAUUUUCAAGAUCCAUACAUCUAAAGUCAAGAAGGCCGGAGAGUUCGACUUUGAAGCAGCAGUCAAGAUGAGUGAUGGUUUCAACGGUGCUGAUAUUCGUAAUUGUAUCACAGAAGCUGGGUUCUUUGCUAUCAGAGACGACCGUGACUACAUCAACCAAGAUGAUUUAAUGAAGGCUGUUAGAAAGGUCGCUGAAGUAAAGAAACUUGAAGGUAAGCUAGAAUACCAAAAGCUAUGA